UUUGAAAAUUAAAAGUUUCAAGAAAAGAUAAAGAUGAAAAUUGAAGUAUAUUAUGAAAGCUGAGCUACAACGCCAGCAUGGACCAUUUCCCGCGCGUCCCCAUGAAGAAUUCUCUCGUCUCCCCUCCCAGUUCUCCCGGCAACUCCCGGGAUCCCUUCCUUCGCCUCUUCCCUUCCGCCGAUCGUCGAGGAAGCAAGAUGGAGCCGACCGUCUGUAACGAAGGCCUCGACGAGCCACCGAGGAGACGCAGCCGACGCCGCUCACUUCGCGCGGCGGAGAACCACCCUGAACGCGGCGAGGACGAGCCGUGGGCUCCAAGUCGAGUGAUGCUGAUCCUGUUCCUCGCUGUCUCGGCGGGCAUGAUUGGCCCGUCGAACGGAUUGUCGGGGCCUCCGCCGUCGCCUUCGUCGGCGGCGACCCUGUUCGGUUCCGGAAACGGGUCGUACGUAUCCGCGUUCUACGUGCUGGGCGACUCUUCGGUGGACUGCGGCGACAAUUCGCUGUUCUACCCGUUUCUCCACGGGGAUCUGUCUCUUCAUCCGUGCAACGACGAGUCUGAUAAGACCCUUGUCCCGCAUUUUCUGGCUGAAAAAAUGGGCAUACAGAAUACUCCGCCGUUCUAUGCUCAGAAUGGCUCAAUUGCUAGUUUGUUGAGGGGCCUGAACUUUGGGUCAGCAGAGGCAACAAUUCUGAACUUCGGUGGCCGGAAAUUCCAGUCUCUAAACCAGCAGCUGCGCCAAGUACUGGAGACAUUUCAGUUGGUACAGCUUCACCUAGCCGAGGAAAGUGCUCGUGAGUUCAUGAAAUCGUCUAUAACUUACCUAUCUUUUGGAAAGGAUGAUUACAUUGAAUUUUUCCUUCGCAACUCCUCUGGCAUAACCCACAAAUUUACUGGCCAAGAAUUUGCUCAUGUCCUGGUUGAUCAAAUGAUCGAUGCGGUAACGAGUCUGUAUAAUGCGAAUGCCAGAAAGAUCAUAUGCAUGGGGAUUUUGCCCUUGGGGUGCACUCCACGUAUAAGAUGGGAACGGGUGAAUUCAACAUCAAGUGGAGGCAAGAGAGAUAUAUGCGCGGAAGAGGUCAAUGAGCUUAUUUUGGAGUACAAUUCUAUGCUUGAGGAGCGCAUUUUUGACCUCAAAGCAGAACUACCUGAUGCUAAGAUAGUCUUCUGUGACAUGUACCACGCCAUUCUGGCGGUCAUCACUAGCCCAGAGCGACAUGGGUUUGAAGACGUAAAAACGGCAUGUUGCAGGCUGGGUCAGGAGGGUAUGCUUAUAGGGUGCCUUUCGACUGAGAUGGCUUGCAAAGCAGAAUCAGCUCAUGUUUGGUGGGAUCUCUACAAUCCAACACAGGCUGUCAAUCGCUUGCUUGCCGAAUCAGCCUGGUCUGGGCAAGAGUUGAUGGGUAUAUGCCGCCCAGUCAAUAUCCAGAAUUUGGUGUCGACCUCAGCCUCCCACUCAAAUGCUGCUAUGAUGCAGUAACACCGUUCCCGACUUGGGUUAGUCUUAGCCAACUGGGCAUGUUCUUUUCUCUGUCUGCUAUGGAUAAGCUGCAGAAAGGUGGCAAUUUAGGUACUCUCCCAUUUCUUUAAGCCGGCUACAGUUUUAAAAAAUCACCUGUCAAAAUAUGAGGAAACAAGUGUUGCAGGGCUAGAAGAUGUUUCAUCCUUACUCAACCGAAUCAGCCGAACGGUGCUCAGGAUUCCUUCAUUUUUCAUGGGAGUCAAUGUAUGCUGCAUCUCUAUAAGGAUAGCGGGAUCCAAAUGCCGGCAUUAAGCCCCACAGAAUGCAUAACAAUUUCGUACAUGUUAACAGCUUCUUAAUUGAACAGCAAAAGCAGUCGCCGUCUGUAAUCAUCCUAAGAGAGAGCGUGAGAGAGUCUUGAGAGAUUUACGUUUCUGCAGUUCCUUGUAACGACACUUCCAACUCAUGUUUUUGUAUCUCCCACAUGAAACAGAAGAUUAUUACACCUGA